AGAAAACCAGUAGCAGUUGAAGCCAACAUGUCUGGAGAAGUGCGUUUGAGGCAGUUGGAGCAGUUUAUUUUGGAUGGGCCGGCUCAAACCAAUGGGCAGUGCUUCAGCGUGGAGACCUUACUGGAUAUACUCAUCUGCCUUUAUGAUGAAUGCAGUAAUUCUCCAUUGAGAAGAGAGAAGAACAUUCUUGAAUACCUAGAAUGGGCUAAACCAUUUACUUCUAAAGUGAAACAGAUGCGAUUACAUAGAGAAGACUUUGAAAUAUUAAAGGUGAUUGGUCGAGGAGCUUUUGGGGAGGUUGCUGUAGUAAAAUUAAAGAAUGCAGAUAAAGUAUUUGCCAUGAAAAUAUUGAAUAAAUGGGAAAUGCUGAAGAGAGCUGAGACAGCAUGUUUUCGAGAAGAAAGGGAUGUAUUAGUUAAUGGAGACAAUAAAUGGAUUACGACUUUGCACUAUGCUUUCCAGGAUGACAAUAACUUAUACCUGGUUAUGGAUUAUUAUGUUGGUGGGGAUUUGCUUACUCUGCUCAGCAAAUUUGAAGACAGAUUGCCUGAAGAGAUGGCUCGAUUUUACUUGGCUGAGAUGGUGAUAGCAAUUGAUUCAGUUCAUCAACUACAUUAUGUACACAGGGACAUUAAACCUGACAAUAUACUGAUGGAUAUGAAUGGACAUAUUCGGUUAGCAGAUUUUGGUUCUUGUCUGAAGUUGAUGGAAGAUGGAACGGUCCAGUCCUCAGUAGCUGUUGGAACCCCAGAUUAUAUAUCUCCUGAGAUCCUUCAAGCCAUGGAAGAUGGAAAAGGCAGAUAUGGACCUGAGUGUGACUGGUGGUCUUUGGGGGUCUGUAUGUAUGAAAUGCUUUAUGGAGAAACACCAUUUUAUGCAGAAUCUCUGGUGGAGACAUAUGGAAAAAUCAUGAAUCACAAAGAGAGGUUUCAGUUUCCAGCCCAAGUAACUGAUGUUUCAGAAAAUGCUAAAGAUCUUAUUCGAAGGCUCAUUUGUAGCAGAGAACAUAGACUUGGUCAAAAUGGAAUAGAAGACUUUAAGAAACAUCCAUUUUUCAGUGGCAUUGACUGGGAUAAUAUUCGAAACUGUGAAGCACCUUAUAUUCCAGAAGUUAGUAGCCCAACAGAUACAUCAAAUUUUGAUGUGGAUGAUGAUUGUUUAAAGAAUUCUGAAACAAUGCCCCCACCAACACAUGCUGCAUUUUCUGGCCACCAUCUGCCAUUUGUUGGUUUUACAUAUACUAGUAGCUGUGUUCUUUCUGAUCGGAGCUGUUUAAGAGUUACAGCUGGUCCCACCUCAAUGGAUCUUGAUGUUAAUGUUCAGAGGACUCUAGAUAAUAACUUAGCCACUGAAGCUUAUGAAAGAAGAAUUAAACGCCUUGAACAGGAAAAACUUGAACUUAGUAGAAAGCUCCAAGAAUCAACACAGACUGUCCAAGCUCUACAGUAUUCAACUGCUGAUGGGCCGUUAACCGCAAGCAAAGAUUUAGAAAUAAAAAACUUAAAAGAAGAAAUUGAAAAACUAAGGAAACAAGUAACAGAAUCAAGUCAUUUGGAACAGCAACUUGAAGAAGCUAAUUCUGUGAGGCGAGAACUAGAUGAUGCUUUUAGACAGAUCAAGGCUUAUGAAAAACAAAUCAAAGCAUUACAACAAGAAAGGGAAGAUCUAAAUAAGGAACUAGUCCAGGCUAGUGAGCGAUUAAAAAACCAGUCCAAAGAGCUGAAAGACGCACACUGCCAGAGGAAACUGGCCAUGCAGGAAUUCAUGGAGAUCAAUGAGCGACUAACAGAAUUGCACACCCAAAAACAGAAACUUGCUCGCCAUGUCCGAGAUAAGGAAGAAGAGGUGGACCUGGUGAUGCAAAAAGUUGAAAGCUUAAGGCAAGAACUGCGCAGAACAGAAAGAGCCAAAAAAGAGCUGGAAGUCCAUGCAGAAGCUCUAACUGCUGAAGCAUCUAAAGACAGGAAACUGCGUGAACAGAGCGAACACUAUUCUAAACAACUGGAAAAUGAAUUGGAGGGCCUGAAGCAAAAACAGAUUAGUUACUCACCAGGAGUAUAUAGCAUAGAACAUCAGCAAGAGAUAACCAAACUAAAGACUGACCUGGAAAAGAAAAGCAUCUUUUAUGAAGAAGAAUUAUCUAAAAGAGAAGGAAUACAUGCAAAUGAAAUGAAAAAUCUGAAGAAAGAACUGCAUGAUUCAGAAGGCCAGCAACUUGCUCUCAACAAAGAAAUUAUGAUUUUGAAAGACAAAUUGGAAAAGACCAGGAGAGAGAGUCAAAGCGAAAGAGAAGAAUUUGAAAAUGAGUUCAAGCAACAGUAUGAACGAGAAAAAAUGUUACUAGCUGAAGAAAAUAAAAAACUGACAAGUGAACUUGAUAAGCUUACCACUUUGUAUGAGAACUUAAGUAUACACACCCAGCAAUUAGAAGAAGAGGUAAAAGAUCUAGCAGACAAGAAAGAGUCAGUUGCACAUUGGGAAGCCCAAAUCACAGAAAUAAUUCAGUGGGUCAGUGAUGAAAAGGAUGCACGAGGGUAUCUUCAAGCCUUAGCUUCUAAGAUGACUGAAGAAUUAGAAGCAUUAAGAAAUUCCAGCUUGGGUACACGGGCAACAGAUAUGCCCUGGAAGAUGCGUCGUUUUGCAAAACUGGAUAUGUCAGCUAGAUUGGAGUUACAGUCAGCUCUGGAUGCAGAAAUACGAGCCAAACAAGCCAUUCAAGAAGAGCUGAAUAAAGUUAAAGCAUCUAACAUCCUAACAGAAUGUAAACUGAAAGAUUCCGAAAAGAAGAACUUGGAACUACUAGCAGAAAUUGAACAACUGAUAAAGGACACUGAAGAGCUUAGAUCUGAAAAGGUCUGCUUCCAUAAAGAUUCACAAUGUACAUUUUUAGUUGUUUUUAAUACACCCCCUGUUCUCCUUUCUUUGUUGAAGCACUCUUCUUCCUGUACUCCAGCUAGCAAAAGCAGACGUACUGUAGACUCUACUCCACUUCCAGUUCACACACCAACCUUAAGGAAAAAGGGAUGCCCUGGUUCAACUGGCUUUCCACCUAAGCGCAAGACUCAUCAGUUUUUUGUAAAAUCUUUUACUGCUCCUACGAAAUGCCACCAGUGUACCUCAUUGAUGGUGGGUUUGAUAAGACAAGGCUGUUCAUGUGAAGUGUGUGGAUUCUCAUGUCAUAUAACUUGUGUAAACAAAGCUCCAACUGUGUGUCCAGUUCCUCCUGAACAGACAAAGGGUCCCCUGGGUAUAGAUCCACAGAAAGGAAUAGGAACAGCAUAUGAAGGUCAUGUCAGGAUGCCUAAGCCAGCUGGAGUGAAGAAAGGAUGGCAAAGAGCAUUGGCUGUAGUUUGUGACUUCAAGAUAUUUCUGUACGAUAUUGCUGAAGGAAAAGCAUCUCAGCCCAGUGUUCUAGUCAGUCAAGUAAUUGACAUGAGGGAUGAAGAAUUUUCCGUAAGUUCAGUCUUGGCUUCUGAUGUUAUUCACGCAAGCCGAAAAGACAUACCCUGUAUAUUUAGAGUCACAGCUUCCCAGUUCUCCGCAUCUAACAACAAGUGUUCAAUCCUGAUGCUAGCAGAUAGUGAGAAUGAGAAGAGUAAGUGGGUGGGAGUGCUGAGUGAAUUGCACAAGAUCUUGAAGAAAAACAAAUUCAGAGACCGCUCAGUCUAUGUUCCUAAGGAGGCUUAUGACAGUACUCUACCCCUCAUUAAAACAACCCAGGCAGCUGCAAUUAUAGAUCAUGAAAGGAUAGCUUUGGGAAAUGAAGAAGGGUUAUUUGUUGUGCAUGUAACCAAAGAUGAAAUUAUUAGAGUUGGUGACAAUAAGAAGAUUCAUCAGAUUGAACUCAUUCCGAAUGAUCAGCUUGUUGCUGUGAUCUCAGGACGAAAUCGUCAUGUACGACUUUUUCCUAUGUCAGCUUUGGAUGGGCGAGAGACCGAUUUUUACAAGCUAGCAGAAACUAAAGGAUGUCAAACCAUAACUUCUGGAAAGGUGCACCAUGGAGCUCUUACAUGCCUGUGUGUGGCUAUGAAAAGACAGGUCCUGUGUUAUGAACUAUUUCAGAGCAAGACCCGUCACAGAAAAUUUAAGGAAAUUCAAGUCCCAUAUAAUGUCCAGUGGAUGGCAAUCUUCAGUGAACAACUUUGUGUGGGAUUCCAGUCAGGAUUUCUAAGAUACCCCUUGAGUGGAGAAGGAAAUCCAUGCAGUAUGCUCCAUUCAAAUGACCAUACGUUAUCAUUUAUUGCACACCAACCAAUGGAUGCUAUCUGUGCAGUUGAGAUCUCCAGUAAAGAAUAUCUGCUGUGUUUUAGCAGCAUUGGGAUAUACACUGACUGCCAGGGCCGAAGAACUAGACAACAGGAAUUGAUGUGGCCAGCAAAUCCUUCCUCUUGUUGUUACAAUGCACCAUAUCUCUCAGUGUAUAGUGAAAAUGCGGUUGAUAUAUUUGAUGUAAAUUCCAUGGAAUGGAUCCAGACUCUCCCUCUCAAAAAGGUUCGACCCUUGAACAGUGAAGGAUCAUUAAAUCUUUUAGGAUUGGAGACAAUUAGAUUAAUAUAUUUCAAAAAUAAGAUGGCAGAAGGGGAUGAACUGGUAGUUCCUGAAACAUCAGAUAAUAGUCGGAAACAAAUGGUUAGAAAUAUUAACAAUAAGCGGCGUUAUUCCUUCAGAGUUCCAGAAGAGGAAAGGAUGCAACAGAGGAGAGAGAUGCUACGCGAUCCAGAAAUGAGAAACAAAUUGAUUUCUAACCCAACUAAUUUUAACCACAUAGCACACAUGGGGCCAGGAGAUGGAAUUCAGAUUCUGAAAGACCUCCCCAUGAACCCUCGGCCUCAGGAAAGUCGGGCAGUGUUCAGUGGCUCAGUCAGUAUUCCAUCUAUCACCAAGUCCCGCCCUGAGCCAGGGCGUUCCAUGAGCGCCAGCAGUGGCCUGUCAGCAAGGUCGUCUGCACAGAAUGGCAGUGCAUUAAAGCGAGAAUUCUCUGGAGGAAGCUACAACACAAAGCGGCAGCCCAUGCCCUCCCCAUCAGAGGGCUCACUGUCUUCUGGAGGCAUGGACCAAGGGAGCGAUGCCCCCGCGAGGGACUAUGACGGGGAGGACUCUGAUUCUCCGAGGCAUUCCACAGCUUCCAACAGCUCCAACCUGAGCAGCCCUCCCAGCCCAGUUUCACCCAGAAAGACCAAGAGCCUCUCUCUAGAGAGCACUGACCGUGGGAGCUGGGACCCGUGA